AUGGAAUCAGCGAUGGACACCAGCGUCAUGGACACCGACGUCGAGGACGCCGAGCGGCCAAAUGAUGUCAAGCGCCGCAACGACAUUGCCCACCGCUUCUUCAAGCUUUUCGAAAACGACAAUGGCCAGAAUGAUGCGAAGCUGGAGCUUAUUCACUCCAUUCUAAAGUUGCUGGACGACGGAGAAAUCACCGACAGCACUCGCAAAUGCGACAUUCUUGAGAGGCUCCUUUCGCAGCUUUCGGCAGACACGGGCGCCUUGCUCCCCGAGAAGCUCGUCGCCGCUGAGUCGUUUCUAAAGUCUCUCGAACAUCCUAACAUGUGCGCCACUUACCUUCAUGAGCUCACCAGAUUUUGCGACGCUGAGUGGCCUGCUCUUGUGGAAAGAAACACGAACGCGUCCACCUUGCCUGAAAUUAGGUACAUUGAUCGUCUGGAAGAAAAAUUGGCCAUACUCCAAGCGAUCAGCGAAGCAGAGAUACCCAGCCAGUACCGCAACAAGCCCAAAAGACGCAUUGACCCCAGUAGGGUCACAGUGAACGUCUGGGCUGCUUUUUGGGUUGCAACUGUUGAAGAGCUUCAGGAGUUCCUUGAAUCCACGGUCAGAAGUGGUACAGUACCCGUCGAAAUGAUUGAAAGGCAACUCGUUGCCGUCAGCGGCGAAGUUCCAACGGUCGAAUCGGCCGUGAUGAACAAGCGGACUAUCGGUACAUCUUCACAGGCAACAUCCUCCCGGCCUGCAACGCCCUCUCAGCAGGCAACAUCCUCCCGGCCGGCAACGCCCUCUCAGCAGGCAACGCCAUCCAAGCCGGGAGCUUCCUCUCAGCAGGCAACGCCUUCCAAGCCGGCAACUUCCUCUCAGCCGGUAACGCCCUCCAAGCCGGCAACUUCCUCUCAGCCGGUAACGCCCUCCAAGCCGACAGCCUCCUUCCAGCAGGCAAUGGGCAAGAGUGGCGUUGGCAGCAGCAUCCAGAGUUUGCCAGACAAGGGCAAGGGGAAGGAGAAGGCGACACGCAAGGAGUCUUCGAUCAGAGACACCAAAACGAGGGACAAUGAGAAGUGCACACUACUGCACACCGCCGUCACAGAAGCUGCGCACAUAUAUCCAGUGGCCAAGAUAGAGGCAGCAGAAGCCUGCAGAGCUUCACUCGGCGUUCUCGACUUCAUCUGGGGCGGCGACACAUGCGAGAAGUUCAAGGACGCACUCGGCGUCAAAGACCUUGACCUGCCGAUGAAUAUGGUCACCCUUGACAAUGCUCCCCACCAUUUGUGGGAUCAUGGGAAGAUUUCGCUCCCCCCUGUACUAAGCACGCCUAACAGAAUCGACCUCAUGGUUAGAAUUCUUGAGCCUUUGGACUGGAGCAAGAGAAAGAGAGCAGGAUCCGCGCUUCCCGACGGCCUUGCGACAGAUCCUAGGACGAAGGUGAAGAAGGAAACCCCUCUGGACCCCACCAGCAAGCACACAAAGAAGACAGUCAAAGAGCUUACGGACAUAUGCUUCGUCUCUGCGGAUACCCAACACCGAAUUUAUGAUGGCCAUCGAUUUUCAAUCACCUCAGACGAACCCGAUCUCCUUCCAAGCGCGGAACUCUUGAGACUGAGGGACCGUGUUAUGGCCAUGAUGACGCUGAAGGGAGGUGCUGACGUUGACGACGACGUGCUGUCUAGCUCUAGUGGCGGGGAUGAUGCCCCGAGAGUUCUGAUCGGAGAUGGAUAUUUUGAGGGUGAUCUGGAGGACAAGGUUCUCGAGUGGAAUGAGCGUGCCGAAGGAGAGCUUGCUCCGUUGAGUGUCGAUGAGGUAGACGAGAUGGCCUGGACCUCGUCAGUGAUCCAGCAGCCAGAGACUGUGGGAGACAUCUUCCCUCCUGAGGGCCAGCCGGAAGAUCGAGGUGAGAGCCGAGGAGAUGACUAG